CUACUACUUCCUCGCGACUCCUUCUCCGCGUAGCAGUAUGCAAAUGAAAGAAAAGACUGGGUUGCCGCCUCCUGCUGUUCUCGCACGUCACGACUGCGUCAAAGACUCCUUUUGUGUAGGACAUAAUAUAUAGCGACUAAAAAAAUUAUUCGACGCGUAAUACAAAUGCAUGAAACGCAUUGAUCCGCAAGCACAUUUUUGAAGUUUCUUUUUUUUUCCUCCUGAGUACGAUUCUGAUAGGUCGCUAAAUGAUUGGCUACUUUUAAGGCCGUUGGUGUCACAUGUGUUGAAGCCACGCCCCUUGUUUCCUACCCAAGCAGUCCGUAGAGGGACGUGAACCGUAACUAGAAACGUUGGUUAUUCCUUCGCGUACGCGGAGGUUUACUGCCCGUUUAGUUACCUCAGACCGGGACGACCAUCCUUCCGAGCUCAUGAAGACUCUUUCCGCAGAGAGUACUCGGUCAUCUCGUUUUUAAACUCGUUUUCUUUUUCUUCCUUUUAAUUUUUAAAUCGAACGCGACUAGCUCGUUGAGAGCCGUCCACCGCGGCUGCGAAGCGGCAACUGAGUGACUGUGUGUGUGUGUGUGUCUGACGGAGAAACUCCAGACCCGGGGGAGAGGCACUAGCUCAACUGAGCCGCCCGUUUUCGAGUCAGUGACCAUGGGGAGCGGGACACCCUCCUUCCUGGGGCUCCUGUGUGCGCUGCUCACCCUGCGUCCCGGCUCCGGCUUCUACCUUCCGGGUUUGGCGCCUGUGAGCUUCUGUCCGGCGGGCUCGUCAAGCAGUGACUGUCAGGUUAACAUCCAGCUGUUUGUGAACCGCCUGGACUCUAUCGAGUCUGUGCUGCCUUAUGAGUAUGACUUCUUUGACUUCUGCAAGGAUGAUCAAGAGAAGAGGCCUUCAGAGAACCUUGGGCAGGUGCUCUUCGGUGAGAGAAUCGAGACGUCGCCUUACAAGUUCUCUUUCAUGAAAACUGAGACUUGUGCAAAGGUUUGCACGAAAUCCUAUGAUGUCAGCAAGCAAGAAGAAAGGACAAAGCUGGAGUUCCUUAAGAAAGGAAUGCAACUAAACUACCAGCACCACUGGAUUGUGGACAACAUGCCCGUUACCUGGUGCUACACCGUAGAAGACAAUCAGAAGUACUGCAACCCCGGCUUCCCCAUUGGCUGUUAUGUGGAUGGCAACGGUCACCCGAAAGACGCUUGUGUAAUCAAUGCCCAGUUCAAUGAGAAGAACACCUUUUAUGUUUUCAACCACGUUGACAUCACCAUCACUUAUCACAGCGGAGAAGGUGAGGGCUGGACUGGGGCCCGGCUAGUGGCAGCCACCCUGGAGCCCAGGAGCUACAAACACGAAGAUGAAAACAAGCCAGUGUGUGAGGGAGAACCCAUGAGCAUUCCAGGGAUCACCAACAGCAACGUGAAAAUCACCUACUCCUACUCUGUUACCUUCACGAAAAACAACAACAUCAAGUGGGCCUCCAGGUGGGACUACAUCCUUGUGUCCAUGCCCCACACCAAUAUCCAGUGGUUCAGCAUCAUGAACUCCCUGGUCAUUGUGCUGUUCCUGUCUGGGAUGGUGGCCAUGAUCAUGCUGAGGACUCUACAUAAGGACAUUGCGCGGUACAACCAGGUGGACCAGGCAGACUUGCUAAAGGUACCUCCAUCAACUGCGAACCCUUCCAUUUGCUAUGAGGAAGCACAGGAGGAGUCUGGCUGGAAGCAGGUACAUGGGGAUGUGUUCCGACCACCCAGGAACGGGAUGGUUCUCUCUGUAUUCCUCGGGCAGGGCGCUCAGAUCUUCAUCAUGACCUUCAUCACUCUCUUUUUGGCCUGCUUAGGUUUCCUGUCUCCUGCCAAUCGAGGAGCUCUGAUGACAUGUGCCGUGGUUUUGUGGGUUCUGCUGGGCACCCCGGCAGGUUAUGUGUCAGCACGAAUGUAUAAAACUUUUGGUGGAGAAAAAUGGAAGACCAAUGUUCUACUGACAGCACUGUUAUGCCCAGGCAUCAUAUUUGCCGAUUUCUUUGUCAUGAACCUGAUCCUGUGGGUGGAGGGCUCCUCGGCAGCAAUCCCUUUUGGUACGCUGGUGGCGGUGCUGGCCCUGUGGUUCGGCAUCUCUGUGCCCCUCACCUUUGUGGGAGCUUACUUCGGCUUCAAGAAGCAGGCCAUAGAGCACCCAGUGCGGACCAAUCAAAUUCCUCGCCAGAUUCCUGAACAGUCAUUCUUCACCAAGCCCCUGCCUGGGAUCAUCAUGGGUGGCAUCCUGCCCUUUGGGUGCAUUUUCAUCCAGCUGUUCUUCAUUCUCAACAGUAUCUGGUCCCACCAGAUGUACUACAUGUUUGGGUUCCUGUUCCUGGUAUUUAUCAUCUUGGUCAUCACCUGCUCUGAGGCUACGGUGCUGCUCUGCUACUUCCACCUGUGUGCUGAGGACUACCACUGGUGGUGGAGGUCCUUCCUCACCAGCAGCUUCACAGCAUUUUACCUGCUGGUCUAUGCCGUGCACUACUUCUUCUCCAAGCUUCAGAUCAUUGGUGCAGCUAGCACCAUCCUUUACUUUGGCUACACCAUGAUCAUGGUGCUCAUCUUCUUCCUCUUCACAGGCACCAUCGGCUUCUUUGCCUGCUUCUGGUUCGUCAGCAAGAUCUACAGUGUGGUCAAGGUGGACUAGCCUCGGGGGACUGCAUUGCUGCGCCUUCCCCCCGCCCGCAGUUUUUCCCAGGGACGGACGACUCGGCCGGAGGAAGGCUCCGCGGGGCUGCGGGGGGCCCUUUUACCUUUCCGACGCCAGGUUUGGGAAGCCGAUGGCAAAACUGUGACCGCUAGCACUCCCCCCCCCCCCCUUCUUUAAAAACACCAUGUACAAGAGCAGAGCACGGAAAGGUGGGACCCGCAUGUAUUUUUACGUGUGGAAAAGGAAAACUUCUCAUUAUGUUUUGUUGCUGUUAAUAUAAUUGUUGCUGUUUUUUGCAGUUACUGUUACUGUUUGAUUUGUGAUAAUUUGACUUGUACAAAAGAUGGCGGGUUUGAGCUGUGUGUGCACGCGUGUGUGUGUGCGCGCGUGUGUGUGUGCGCGCGCGUGUGUGUGUGUGUGUACACUCCAAAGAUUUCUCUGCUUUUUUCAGGCAGCCGUGUGGGGAUGGGGUCGAGUUCGAGGUUACGGAACUCUGUAAUCACUAAGCAUCUUACGUUGAAGGACUUCUGUGGGUUUUUUGUGCAUUGAAGGGUUUUCAAGAUAUGUAUAGAAUUCUUGCUUUAUGUUCUUGAAAAUUCCUGAGUCCUUUUGUAAUUAAUUUAUGCAUAUGCUUUACUGUAGACUUUAUCCCUCCAAAAUUUUAUAGCUCUUCACAUAUGAAGACACUCCGUUCUUCUCUUAAAAUUGUCUUCAAAAAUGGCUUUAUUUUGUCAUUUUCUGCUUGUCAUUUUCACUUAACUCUGCUAAAAUAUUGGUUAAUAUGAAGAGUAAUAAACGGCACACUUGAUUAAGAGGCACGUCCUUUUGAUGGAGUGUUUAAAUAUUGGAAUUGACC